UGAAAAGCGUGCAAAAUCAGUCGUAGCGCGAAACUUGAUCAGUUUACAUCGACGUUAGUUGAGACAACGUCAACGAAAAAUCAAACGCUUUUGUGAAUCAUUUUCCACGCGAUUCGAACGGUUAGUGUACGGGGGCGGACUCGAGUUUAGCGAAAUGGUAGUAAUUAGUCGGUAGUGAUCCUGCUAAGUAUCUAAUGUGGUGUUCAUCGAUGUUCUCAAGAUCUUAAGUGACUACAGUUGGGUAUUUGGGAGCAACAUAUGUGGGUGUGAAAAUUCGUCACCGAUUUUCAUGUUAAACGAGUGCACUAUUCCGAUUGACGACGGAAAACGCAGCAGUGCUUGCGGAUGUUGUUGUUAUUUUUUUGUCACUGUGUCGCUAAUGUAUCUUUUUUGUCACACAAUACCUUGUGGUCAGUCAAGUGUUAAAUCAAAACAGAAAAUUGAAAAAAAAAUACUUAGGGCAAAUAAUACUGAAAAACGUAGGCUGAAAGUCAUUUGUAAUCCAAUGCGGAUCAACUGAACGACGAUAGAUACUUCUCUUAUCUAAUUGUUGUGAAUGCGCGCAAAUGUAACGCAACAUUAGCCGAGCUGAUACAAAAUAUUGUAUAAAUUUUGUGUCAUGCGGAAAGGAAAAAAGAUCGCGGUUACAGGUGUAUUGUGUUAAUUGCCUCAAGUAUUCUGGCGCUUAAUUAGAUUGAGAAAAUACGAAGACGACGUUAGAAUAGACGCGACCGGACAACCUUUGCUUAACACUCGGUUUCCAUUGUCUGGCAGUUUUGUGACUAGUUAUUUCGUAACCGACUUUUUUGUAUUCAGUGCAGCAUCUACAGUUGAAUUCUUCUAGUUUUUUAGAUUAUUCUAAAGAGUUGUUACCUAGUUUGUGUAAUCAAUCAAAUCAAGUGCCAUUUUAUUGGAUAUACAGUGAAACAUUCUGGCAACUUGUGAAGCGCAAAAAGAAUUAUUUACGACAGUUGCUCCUUAUUCUGGUCAUGUGUUUUCCAAGUGAUUAGUUUUUCCAUUGUACAAAAAUUAACGAGGACGAGAAGUUAACUCCAACUGAAGGUUCCACCCCGCAUAAAAAUGACUGAAGCUGUCCCACUGUCAAUGGCAGUUGCACCAAAUGCUUUAGCUGUACAAAAAUUCGAAGGGUUACUGCUUGAACCACCCACACAAAAUUUGGUGGAAGUUGGAGAUGGAGAGGCGGAAGCAGUUACCAAAGAAGAGGAAUGGGUUACAAAGCGUAAGACAGAACUAACAACAACACGACAAAUAGAAACUCGAGUCAAACGACAAGUGGUGCUUGAAGAUGGUAAAGUUAUCGAAGAUUCUGGACCUAUUGUAUCAACAAACACAACAGAGGACACCGAAAAGCAGGAGAGCGAAUCCACUGAGCGGCGAAAUUUGGGCGAACCUGACGUUGUAGAUGGACCGGAAGCCAUUGAUUACACCAGUACCGAACCACCCGAAAUAAAGCGGCUCGGAUCGGGUGGAGGUAGUGCUGGUGGCAAGGAGUUGGUGACCCCAAAUGCGUCAGGAGGAGGUGCGGGGGCUGUGGUGCAAACAUUGGUGGCUCGCCCCGAUGGCCUUGUCCGCGAAAUUCAAGAGAAACGUGUAAUAUCACGUGAAGAGGUCAAAGAACUAGUCGAGACGGAGGAUGUCCGGCACUUGGGUGAUUUUUCGGAUGAGGCUUUCGUUCAAGCUGUAAAUAGUGGUGUCGAUAAUCUUGAAGAGGUCCUCUAUUCACCCGAGCAUCAACAGCAACUAGUUCCACUUGGUCCACGUUUAGUACGCCAAUCAGUCGAAGCACACAAAACCAUUGAUACUGAAGAUACAGAACAAAAAUCAUCGGUAAAACCAGAUGGGACAAUAGUUACCGAAAAGAAAAAGACCACCGAACACGAAGAAAUAUUUGACGAAGAACUACCUGAAAAGGACGAUCAAUCGACGGGAAGUAGGGAAAAAGUUACUCAAACUGAAUCCUCGCAACGAUAUUAUAAACAACGUGACGAACAGAAUGUUGAAUAUGUUGCCGAUGGUAAAGUAAUUGGAAAAGAGAUGCGUUACGCUGCUGAAACUGAACAAAUGGAGCGGGAUGGACCCCCUGAAGGUCCAGAUGAUUGGGAUAGUCUAUCGGAUCGUGUUAGAAAACAACGCAGAAUACAAAAAUCAUUGCUUCAGCAACAAAAAGAAGCAGCACUAAUGGCCGAUCGUACGGAUGCGAUCACCAAACUACCCCUUGACUUUGAUCGGGAGGAAGAAACUCGCAAAGGCGAGACUAUGAAAUGGUUGGAAUCUCAUUUUGGCAGUGAAUCAACAACAUCUUCACAUGACGGCGAGAUUGAACCUACAAAGAAAACGUUUUUCAACGUAACGAUCAAAUCUAAUCAGGCCCAAGCGGGCAGCUCAUCCCCAUCACCCACAACAAUACCUCUUAAAAAGACUAUAUCCAACGGUAGCCUGUCGUCACCCUCUAAAGUAAUUGUACCGGAACGAGAUUCAUCCUCGGCCGAAAAGAAAUAUUUCCAAGGAAUUUCGAAUUGGAACGAACGAAAAGAAUCCACCCCCUUGAAACAUUUCGCUUCGAAGGCUUUCCACGAUGAACUGAAAGGGACUUUAGAGAAGAAUAAAAUGAGACAUGCACGAUCGCGGGAUGACAUUCACUACUCAUCGAAACUGAGGCAAGAUGAUUACGUUACAAAAGAAGAUAUUCUUCAGCAGAAGAAGGGUUUUGGCUCGAGGAGCGAUCUUCGCUAUCGAAAGGACUCCAGGGAGGACAGUGAUGACUCAAAAACGAUUCGUGCGCAACGAGAGGAUCUAGGCUAUUUGAGCGGCUCUCGAACUGAUCUCAGAUAUCGAAGAGAUUCCAAGGACGAUUAUGAUCGAGGUAUUAAAAAUAGGAAAACCAACGGGUAUUUGAAGAGGGAAGAUUCAGGAUAUGUUAAAGACUCCAGGGAAGACGUUCGAUCUUCUCUGUUACGUGAAGUCGAUGAUGAACGCGAAAAGUACAAAAGCUCUUUGAUUCAAAGGGAUGAUUCAGCCUAUGUAUCUUCCUCAACAUAUUUUACGGAAACAAGGCCACCAAAGACACCUCAACUUCAUACCCCCGAUAGUGGCAUCCGAUCACCUUCACCCGACAUAUAUGACACCGAUGCCCGCCCAACUGUGCCACAACGAAAACGAGCUAUAGAGAAAAGAUUACAUGCUCAGAAAAGCUACUCACCCCCGUCCCCCAUUCGCCGACAAAGUUUCGAAGAACCCCCACCGGAUUACUCUCCUCCACCUCGUUCCCGUUCAGCUUCACCAACCUACAUUCCUCAGUAUCGCCAGAAUGAGAUCCCUCGAAAACCCAACCAACGAACCCGUUUUGCUUCCGAAUCAUCAUCCACCAGUCGACAGUCAAAUCAGUAUCACCAUCGCCCUGCAGUCGCGACACAAACCACCCAAACACAGACUCCUUCAACCCCGACUCCACCACCCUCGGUAUCGCCUCCUAAGCAAGGUUCAAAAGUUGGACAGGCGAUUGGAAACUCUAUAAGGAAACUAGUUGGAAAAAUUAGAUCGGCCAGUGCCGAGCGAAAAUUCAAGAUAAAAUCAAAAAGCAAUAGAAGCAGCAGUCGUCAACGAUCGCCAUCACCAUCUCACGGAAAAGAUAGUAACAAUAAGCAAUUGACUCCACCACCGAUCAACGGAAAUGGUUCGACAUAUCAACAAUAUAAUGUUAUUGAUAGUCACAUUGUUGGUGGACAAAUUCACGAUCAACGACAUCAACAAUCUCCGAUGGCAAUCAAUCGCGAAUCAAGCGUUGUUAGUAGUUCAACAGCAGCCGGACGGCGUGAACGUGAACGCGAUCGUGACCGCAGUGAUCACCAUAGUUCGCGAAUCGAUCGUCGCGGAUCAUCAGACCUCGAUAUGAUGACAAGUCCAAAGCAACGUUACUACCUUGGGGAGGAUCCCUAUGGAGGAAGCAUCUAUGGAAAGGAGAAUAAAUAUGAUGGGGUCCGACCGUCACCCAUGCAACAGUACCAGCGAUCACGUCGUCAAGGAAGUGCAGAUGAUCGUGCAGAACUUUACCAACAAAGGAACAUUAGCUCAAGUACAUUGGGUCGAUUCAGCAAAAGUGUAAAUCGUCUCGGUUCAACACCAAAUCUCGAUCAGCCAGAUUACCGUAGCACACAAACAUUGCCCCGAAAACUUGAUCAUCAUCAACGUCCCAAUCAUCAUUCGUCAACAAUCAACGUGUCUAUCGUCAACACAGUCAAGCCCGGACAACCGACUCAAAAUACUGGACCAGCUAAACCGGCUCGAACCUAUAAAUCCCUGAAUCGAAGCAAGAGCUUUAACGUGCAUGGAAUGAAUGGAACAAAUGAUCCUAGUCCCAUAUACAUGGAAAAACUCACCAGAAACAAUUACACAAAUAACAUGUACAAAUCAAAUCCUCACUUGAAUGAAUCUGGUCCGCAACUGAAAAGCCCGUCGAUAGUAAACUUAAUCAGUCGAAGUCAAAAGGAUCUGACUCGAAUCGAUGAGGAUCACAGGCUAACCACGAACCAUCCGAAUGAGCGACGUUACAUAUCAAACAGUAACUACACCAAUGGGAACUAUGAUAAAAGAAACCUUUUUCUCAAAGGACUUCAAGACCAAGCCCCAGAACUGUAUAAGACCCUGCAUGGGGAUGAAGAGCCCGUUCGAAAUGGGUAUGGCAAGUACCCUGUCCAACGGCGCGAGUCUUCGUCGCUUGGAUCACGCUCACCUAUAGAAGUAAACAAGGACACGGCAAGCAUAAUAAGGCGGGGUAGUUCCAGUACUGACGACUACUCUGAAACCUACAAGAUUACAACAAAAUCUGAUAAUCCAAAUCGGCCGAGCGUCACAAACACGGUUCACAGCUACACCAAGAAAACUGUCCCUACGAAAAGUGGACGCGGGUUCGAGACAAUCCAAUCAUCAGAAACGAAAAGUGUCACCACAAGUCGCUAUAGGGGUGAACCUACAAAAUAUGGAGAGCGUAGAGGAUCGAGUACCGGGCCAGUCGUAAUCGAAGUACGCAAUGGGAUCCGAAAAUAGGGGAUAGAGAAGAGUCUAUUGUGCCAGCGAUUAUUAGCAUACUUCAACAUUUAGUCAAUCGUUUUUAAAUCAUCCAAUAAUCAGCACCGUGAAAUAUCUACUCAGAAAGCAGAGCGUUCUCCCCGUACCUUCCAGAAGGCUUUACUUUAAUUUGACCUAAUCGCAAAUCAAAAUCCAAAGCCGGUGGAAAUCUACGAGGCAAAAGGCCAACAAGCCAAUCUACAGUUCGUAUCCAUUUAUCUGAUUUUACAGAAAGCAGAGGACAGUUAAGAGAAAAGUUUUACGCUUCAUGACAACAUCGAUAACUUCACAUUUUUCUACAGACACAUAUCUGGCAAUAGCAACUUCCUUUGCCGAGAAACUUAGGAAGCAAGUCCAAUGGGCAGUAACUCGAAGGACUUGAUUGAAUAGACGUAGAUAACUUUAGUAACUCCAAUCCAUUCCUCAUCGAUUUAAUCAUUACACCUAAAACUCAUUCAUAACAAACAUUAGCAAUAGAGCAUAAAUGAUACUUAUCAGAUAAUAGCUAAUCAUAUCUUAAUAAAAUCAACAUAAUUUACCUAAAUAGAUAUCAUAACAAUAACUAGAUGAACUAUACAAACGCAAACGAGAAAUUGCCAUUUGUAACUCUACAUUUUUUUUUUUAAAUUUCUCCAAAAUACUCGACCGGUUUUUACACGAUACCCCAGCAACAAAAGAUACUUUCUAAAAUCAAAAACCUCCUCCUUACCUCCUGUGAUGGUUUUAGCUUCCCAUUCCAUCCCCUUACUACCAUAUUCGUGAAUAACACAACGGUUAAAAGUGGUCUUUAGGGGCUAACAACGCUAUCCUGAUGAAAAUGUAGUUUGCGUUUUUUGGAAUUUCCUGCUUUGAAAGGCCAUCCCUUGUUCCUGGUGUCUGGAACAACAAGGAGCUUUGCAGGAAGUUACAGAAACCCAAAAUUUUGUUAAAUAUAUAAACUCAUUUGAUAGAUACAAAUAAUCCUUAAUGUCAAUUAUAAAACGAACAAAUAAUUAUAAUAAUAUUGAAAACUAUAAUUCAAAGAAGAAUGUCGUUAAGUAGAUGGAAAAGUAAUAAAGUGAAAUAAAGAGAAAACUUUAUUAAUGUGCCAA